CGCGCAGGCUUCCGUUGAGGACCGGGCAUUAACACUGCACAUGCGCAGAACAGAUAGACUUCCGGUAUAGCUGUUCAGCAUGGAUAAGGAACAAAAUAAUGAAAUUGGUAGUCUGGCCAAUGUUCGUCAUGUGGUGCUGGUUCUGUCAGGAAAGGGGGGUGUGGGUAAGAGCACGAUCACCACUGGGUUAGCUCUGGCACUCAGACAGGCUGGCAACAAGGUUGGUAUUCUGGAUGUCGAUCUGUGUGGUCCCAGUAUCCCUCGCAUGCUGAGUGUAGGGCGGCCUGACGUGCACCUCUGUGACGCAGGCUGGGUGCCGGUCUACACGGACGCUCAGAAGAGCCUGGCGCUCAUGUCCAUUGGCUUUCUACUAGAUGAUCCGGACAAAGCAGUGGUGUGGAGAGGACCCAAGAAAACAGCUUUAAUCAGUCAGUUUGUAUCAGACGUAGCCUGGGAAGAACUUGAUGUGUUGCUGGUGGACACACCUCCAGGGACAUCUGAUGAGCAUCUGGCUGUACUGGAGAAUCUCAAAAAGCACAGAGUUGAUGGAGCUGUUUUGGUCACUACACCACAGGCAGUGUCUACGGGGGAUGUGCGGAGAGAGAUCACCUUUUGUAAGAAGACAGGCGUCCCAAUCCUGGGCAUCAUUGAGAACAUGAGUGGCUUUGUUUGUCCACACUGCUCGGAAUGUAGCAACAUAUUCUCCAAGGGCGGGGGAGAGGAACUGGCCAAACUCACCGGAUCAGUGUUUCUGGGAUGUGUGCCGUUGGAUCCCCAGCUCAGUAGCAGCAUGGAAGAAGGAAAGGAUUUCAUGGAGUUGUUUUCAAACAGCGCCACCUCAACUGCUAUCGGCGGUAUUUCACAGACUCUGCUCCAGAGACUGCAAACUACUUAAAUAAUAAAUCUUAAGAAAAAAAGGCAAAAGCUGCAUUGGCUUUUAAGCACAGCAAAGCUGUGUCACUGCAGUGUCGGAGGCUAUGUAGAUCGAUCACCGUCAAGUAACUGGUGACACGAUGCCUCAGAGACAUUUGACAAUGACAGGUUUUGGACAGGAACCUGAUCGUAGGCUGGCAAUGUCUCACAUGUAUGUCAAACGUAAAGAAAUAAUGAAUAUGUCCAUAAGAAUAUAAUAAGAACUUUACAACCAAAAUUCUUGAAUAUGUCAAUCAAAUUACAUUUUAAUAAAACAACUUUAUGCA